AUGGAUUUUCUUGGAAUCAGAAACAAUAGAUUUAUCAAAUUUAAGAAUAAUUUAGAUUAAGAUGUUACUUUCAGAGAUGAAUUUGUUUUAACAUUAGAUGCUGUGUCUCAAAUAAAUGUACCAAUUACAUAAAAUUUUAAAUUGAUAUCAACAAUAAAACACUCACAAAAAAAAAAUAAGCUAUGA